CGCACCCGCGUCCGCGUGCUCUCUGCCCCCUGCCCCCCUCCCAUCUGCGCCGCCCUCCUCAUCCACCGCCCGUCCCGCCGCCGCCAGCCCAAGGCCAGGCAUCCGCCAGCCUCUCGCACCACGCGUAUCGCGUGCCCGCCCGACCGGCUCGUGGCGAUGGCGUACCGGGCGGACGACGACUACGACUACCUAUUCAAGGUGGUGCUCAUCGGGGACUCCGGCGUCGGCAAGUCCAACCUGCUCUCGCGCUUCACGCGCAACGAGUUCAGCCUCGAGUCCAAGUCCACCAUCGGCGUCGAGUUCGCCACCCGCAGCAUCCACGUCGACGACAAGGUCGUCAAGGCCCAGAUCUGGGACACCGCCGGUCAGGAAAGGUACCGUGCUAUCACGAGCGCGUACUACCGCGGAGCAGUAGGGGCGCUCGUCGUCUACGACGUCACGCGGCACGUCACCUUCGAGAACGUGGAGAGGUGGAUGAGGGAGCUCAGGGACCACACGGACGCCAACAUCGUGAUCAUGCUGGUUGGGAACAAGGCGGACCUGCGCCACCUCAGGGCUGUCCCGACCGAGGACGCCAAGGCCUUUGCCGAGAGGGAGAACGCCUUCUUCAUGGAGACGUCGGCCCUGGAGGCGAUGAACGUGGAGGGCGCCUUCACCGAGGUGCUCACCCAGAUCUACCACGUCGUGAGCAAGAAGGCCCUCGACAUCGGCGAUGACCCCGCAGCGCCUCCCAGGGGCCAGACCAUCAGUGUCGGCGGCAAGGACGAUGUGUCCGCAGUGAAGAAGUCUGCCUGCUGUUCGUCUUAGCUUGGAAGGGGGUAGGACAUGUACUUGGGUUGGUUGGUUACUUGUGCAGUAGAGAGCGCAGGACGUUAUUUGCAGUCAUGGUCCUUGAGCUGUAUUCAUGUGUUACCAGCUGUCUCGUUGAUUUUUGCCAUUUGAUACAUUUAAUUCAUUCAGGAAUUCAGCCUGCGGGUAUAGCUUAGGGACAUGGAAGUGUGCGGCUAUCGUAUUUUUUUCAUAUAACAGAGCCUUCUCUGCAUUGUUGCUUUCAUUUCUUGUGUAUAUCUGUAUGAUGUCGCUUCUCUUU